UGUGAAAGUAGGAUCAUGGGUUUGUUUUCCUCUGGAUCACAGGCUGUUUUGUAUUUCAGCUGUGUGUGUGUGUGUGUGUGUUUAAUCUGGACGUCUUUAAAAGAGUUUGGAUGCUCCUCCGAGAUUCGGAUAGGGGCUGUGCUUAAGUUCCCUGCCUCCUUCUUUCUCCUCUUCUCGUCUCCUUUCCCUUUUUUUCCCCCACUCCUUCACUUCUCCGUCUGUCGCUCUCGCCUUCUUGUGCUCACGUCCUCACUCAGCCCCAUCCCUGAGGAUUACUGGGUCUCAUGGGUUAACCGCCAGCCCUGUUCGAACAAUGAGACGUAUCAAGAGCGCUUGGAGAGAUUAGAGGGGGACAAAGAGUCUCUGGUUCUGCAGGUGAGUGUUCUGACGGAGCAGGUGGAGGCUCAGGGAGAAAAGAUCAGAGAUCUGGAAGCCUCUCUGGAGGAACAUCACCACAAACUUAUCUCCACUGAGGAGAUGCUGCAGCAGGAGCUACUGAACCGCACCUCGUUGGAGACUCAGAAGCUGGAUUUGAUGGAUGAGGUUUCGUAUCUGAAGCUGAAGCUGGUCAGUAUGGAGGAGGAUCACAACCACACGGAUAAAGACGACAAGCAGCACAAAGCCGAGUGUGUGGUUAAUGUGAUCAGCGAGCUCCAGGCACAGAUGCGUAAAUUCCAGCAGGAGAUCACCACACGCAUCCAGGAACAGCGGGCUCUCGAGGGACACCCGGAGAGCCCGGCUCCUGACGCGGACCUUUGCUCGUCAGAUACCGAGGAUUACGGACGCAGCCAGGCUUCUGGAGGAGACAACGCUCUGGAGCACGAGCUGCGUGCAUUGAAGGCCAAAGUGGACGAUUUGGAGAACGAGAAAUCUCAAUAUGAGAGAAAACUGAAAGCCACGAAGACGGAGAUCACCGAGCUUCAGCAGAUUUUGUCGUCCAAAGAUGCAGAGAUCGAGAGUCUACAGAAUCAACUCCUGUCCAGAGGAAAUGGCAGCAGUGAUGGAGUGGACAGAGAGGAGGUGUACAGGAGGAAAUUAAAAGAGAAACAUCUGGAGAUGCAGAGACUGAAAAUUGGGAUGGAGUCACUUUUAGCUGCAAACGAUGAAAAGGAUCGUCACAUAGAGGAGCUCACAGCGCUGCUCGGCCAGUACAGGAAAUGUAAGGACAUGAUGGUGCUUUCUCAAGUGUGUGGUGAUCGUUUGCUCUGUGGCAGUAGUGAUGAGGAUCUCAGUGGGAGGAUGCGAGCUCUGCCCCAUAAAGCUCACUCGGACAUCGUCAGAUCUGAACUGCAGAUGUCAUCAUCUCGAGGAACGCCUCAACUCUUACUGCCCUCAAUGUGUCUACAAAAUGAUCUUGAUUCCAGCUGUCGCAGUCUGCAGUCCCCUAUGGACUGCCACAGCUUGCACAGCGGACAAUGGUCGACUCUGAGGAUGCUGUCUUCCAGUCUGGAGGAGUUACAGAGUGGAUCCAAACACAGGCAUGUAAUGGGGCAAGCUGUAGCGCCUAAUCUAGAGAACCGACUCAUCUCAGACAGCAGUAAGUACCAGACUCUUCCGGGGAAGUUGUCCAGACCGGAGCAGAACGGAGAGAGGGAUCGGCUCUCAUCUCCGCUCCAGCUGUCACCUGACGAGAGCGAGGAGAGCGAGAUCAACCUGACACCACGCUGGAAGCUCGAGCUUUUCACAGCCGCAAAGUCAGAGAAGAUGGACGAGUCCACGCUGUCGGACGUGUCCCCCUUGUCAUCGGGCAUGGACUCAGGCCAGCAGUCGCCUGUUUCUCCUGACAAUAGGAAGAAUCAGAAAGGCAUCAGGAAGCUGUGGGGAAAGAUCAGAAGGACACAGUCAGGCGGUCUGCCUGCAGAUGGUGUGGACGAUUUCAAGAGAGGCGGCGUCCGUUCCACAGCAGGUCCUCGGCUAGCAGGCGUGGGCAACAGAGAUUCAGCACGAGAGAUGAACAACACUCCUUUCUCAAAGUGGUCAUGUGAUCAGGUGUGUGCCUGGCUGGAGGAUUAUGGGCUGGGACAGUACGUUCCCAUGGCCAGUCAGUGGGUGAGCAGUGGACAGACUCUCCUCUCGGCUUCCCUGCAUGACUUUGAAAAGGAGCUGGGGAUCAAACACCCGCUGCACAGAAAGAAGCUGCAGCUCGCCGUCCACUCGUUGACCACGCGGCAGAGCGAGAAAUCCGCAGAGCUCGACCACAUCUGGGUCACACGAUGGCUGGACGAUAUCGGCUUACCGCAGUAUAAAGACCAGUUCCAUGAAGGCCGUGUGGACGGCAGGAUGCUGCAGUACCUCACUGUGAACGACCUGCUGAUUCUUAAAGUGACUAGCCAGCUGCAUCACCUCAGCAUUAAAUGUGCCAUCCACGUGCUGUAUGUGAACAAGUUCAACCCUAACUGCCUGAAGAGGAGACCAGGGGACGAGAUGCUGACAUCACCCUCAGAGGUGGUACAGUGGUCCAAUCACCGUGUGAUGGAGUGGCUUCGCUCUGUGGAUCUAGCCGAAUACGCUCCCAAUCUGAGGGGUAGCGGCGUGCAUGGGGGUCUCAUUAUCCUCGAGCCGCGCUUUAACUCGGACACGUUGGCGAUGCUGCUGAAUAUCCCGCCCCAGAAGACCCUGCUGAGAAGACACCUCAACACCAACUUCAACUCUCUAGUGGGAGCUCAGGCUCAACUGGAGAAACAGGAAUACAUGGAGUCUCAGAGCUACACACCGCUCUCCACUACAGCUAAAGUCCGGCCAAAGAAAAUCGGGUUCUCCAAUUUCAGCCAGCUCCGAAAGAAGCGCCCUGAUGACCCUAGCGACCUCAUCUGCCCUCUGGAAGCGCCGAAAGUUCUGGCGCUGCUCGGCGAUUCCCAGCGACCCAGCUUGGGUGUACAGGAGCGGGAACCUGAGAGGAGGGAACAGGUGGGGUCUCAGCUAGGCCAGAGCUAAACUAACCCCCCACCUCGCUCUCAGCUCACCACCAACCUACCCCUCCAUCCGCUCAUUCCCUGAUCACCUGGGCCAAACCCCUCCCUUUUCUCUGUGCCAUCGUCUAAUCCCCAUCAUCCCUCACUCACCAUCACGGCACGUUACUGAGUGAUGACGACAGACCGACUGUGAACUUUAAUAAUUGUAUGAUUAAAUUUCCUCAACGAUCACGUCAUGUCUUCAAUUCAAUUCAGUUUAUUUUUGUAUAGUGCUUUUAACAAAGAGCAUUGUCUCAAAGCAGUGUCUUCAUCUUCCAUUAUAUAAUUUUGUGCUGUUUGGGGAAAACAGGAUUGAUGACCUUGUGCAAUAUUUGUACAUGUAUUUAAUAUUUAUAGCGAGGAAUUUUUAACAGAAAUCAAUUUUAUGGAUAAUCUUUAUAUCAUCUGCCAUAUUCAAGGUGAUAUUUUUUAUAAGCAAUGGAUAUGCAGUUUCAUAUUGCGAAGCACUUUGUAUAUAUUUAUAAAUGGGUAAAAGACAUGAAAUCUAUGAAAUACAAUAAUCAAUAAACCUCAUUCAUCACUCACUA